AGCCCGGAGAGAUAGGCCAUCUGUCGACGCAUCGACAUUGACCAAUGACACGCCGUAUCUCCAAGGCGCAGGACUAGACUGACCAAUAACAGAACGGCAUGGGGCGGGACGUGUCCUGUCCACUCUCACCUCCCACUCAUGUGAAAUCACUGGCUGCAGACCGACACAGAGACAGACUGCACAAGUAGAGCCGCGGCACCAGGCAGGUACACAGGUAACCACAGGUAGCAGACUGACGAGGAGACACUGCGCAAGACCUGCCGGCAUGGACGCAUCGCAGUGAGCCGCUCCGCCGCAGAUCCGCUCCCAACAGGUCCACCGCAGCCGCGAGCAUGUCGACAGGAGAAGGAGCCGUCCAGCGCGACGAAGGGGAGUACGGCAGGGCUGCGAAGAGGCUGAAAACCGAGGAGACGGAGACGGAGGCGGAGGAAAGAGAAGAGGGGGAAGAGGAGCUGGAGGAGGGGGAGGAUUCGGACUCUGGAUCGCUGCCCGGUAACGGAGAGUCAGCGACAGACAACCGGGCCCGAUGGAGCGCCAGUCAGUUCGGAGCAGGACGAAGGGAAAAUGGCGAGGACUCCCAUCGUAUCUCUCCCAGUCCUGUGGUCCAUGUCAGGGGCCUGUGUGAGGCUGUUGUGGAAGCAGACCUGAUAGAUGCCCUGGAAAGGUUUGGACCCAUAUGUUAUGUGAUGAUGAUGCCAUUCAAGCGUCAGGCCUUGGUGGAGUUCUCUGCAGUAGAGAGCGCUGACCUGUGUGUGUCCUGUGGAGCAAAGGAACCUGUAUACAUCGCAGGCCAACAGGCAUACUUUAAUUACUCCACGUCCAAGAGAAUCACCAGGCCAACCAAUGCUGACAACCCCAACAGUGGCAACAAGGUCCUCUUGCUGUCCAUACAGAACCCCCUCUACCCUAUCACCACGGAUGUUCUGUACACCGUAUGUAACCCCAUCGGCAGCGUGCUUAGGAUUGUCAUCUUUAAACGAAAUGGAAUCCAGGCCAUGGUGGAGUUUGAGUCUAUUCAGUGUGCUCAAAAGGCCAAAGCAGCUCUAAAUGGAGCUGACAUCUAUGCUGGUUGCUGUACCCUCAAGAUUGAGUAUGCAAGGCCAACACGUCUGAAUGUGAUUAAGAAUGACAAUGAGAGCUGGGACUACACUAAACCAUACCUGGUCAGACGAGACCGUGGAAAGGGAAGACAGAGACAGGCCAUUUUAGGAGAACACCCAUCAUCCUACAGUGAUAAUGGCUAUGGUCCACCCUGCCCCCUGCUGCCUCUGCCCAGCAACAGCAGGUACAAGCUCACGUCAGUGGAUGUUCCAGACAUGGUAUCCUAUCCUUUGCCCCAGUCAUCCUCCUCAUACUCUGGCCAUGCCCCUAGCUCUGUUGCCAUGGUAAGUGGUCUCCAUCCAUCCAAGAUGAACUGCACCCGCAUCUUCAACCUCUUCUGCCUCUAUGGCAACAUUGAGAAGGUGAAGUUUAUGAAAAGUGUUCCUGGUACAGCAUUGGUUGAGAUGGGGGAUGAGUAUGCUGUGGAUAGAGCCAUCACACACCUCAACAGCAUCAAGGUGUUUGGCAAAAGACUUAAUGUCUGUGUGUCCAAGCAGCAUGCUGUGAUCCCCAGUCAGGUGUUUGAGUUAGAGGAUGGCAGCAGCAGCUAUAAAGACUUUGCCAUGACCAGGAACAACCGCUUCAGCAGUGCUGGUCAGGCCUCCAAAAACAUCAUCCAGCCUCCAUCUGCAGUGCUACACUACUACAAUGUUCCUCCAUGCAUAUCGCAGGACCAUUUACUGAGGCUUUGUACGGAGCAUGAUGUGCCUGGCUUUGUCAAAUUCAAGAUGUUUGAUGCCAAACCGUCUUCUAAGACUAUCUCUGGCUUGUUGGAGUUUGACAGUAAGACAGAGGCUGUGGAGGUUCUUACUGUUCUCAACCAUUACCAGAUUAGGAUACCCAAUGGGUCCAAUCCGUACACCCUGAAAUUGUGUUUUUCCACCUCAUCUCACCUAUAAAGAGCUGCAGAGGACAGAACAGGCUGCUGAGUCUGUUGAUGGCUGACCUCUGACCUAUGAGAGGAAGCAGGAGCAGGAUCAUGAGACACAGACACGUGAAACAGUGCCGGGGAGAUUAAUACAAAAAAAUAAAAAAUGAAAGAAGAAAUGAGAGAGAGAUGGACGUUAAAGGAGAUAAAACAAGAUGAUAAGAAAAGUGUUAAAGAGAGAGAAAACACUGUCUCUGUCUCCAAACUGAACAUCAAUGGACACUUGUCAUCCGAACAGCCAAUCACAACUCAAAAGCUGACAGACUAGCAACCUAUUUGAAACAUUAUUAUAAUGUGAUUAUGGGACACAUGGAGGAACUGCUUGUCCCAGAUGUCUUCACUGCAUGGUAGACCGGUCUUUGCCCGGCAAGUAGACGGAGGACGACCCACUCUGAGAAAUCUGCUGUGAAACCUGAAUCUGCUUCAGUGACCUCAGACAUCUCUAAAGGCAUUAUCUGUGCACAUGGAAUAUGGUAACUUAAAUAACACGGUCCUGUUUCAAAUAGUAAAUAAAUAUGCUAUGUUUUUGUUUUUUUAAACUGUUGCCAAACAAAUAUAGCAAAAGUGGAUACAAUCUAACAGAGGGUCUCUUUUAAGGGUCAUUAGUGCGGAAGGAUGUUUCUUGCCAUGGCAGUAGCUAAGCCUUAAGACUGAGAUAUCUCUCCACUGUCUGGUGAACAUGAGAUAUCUCAGCUCAACUUUUAGUUUUGCUGUGGACAUUGGUCCCUUAGGGUAAAACUCUUAAUGGUUGUGGUGACCUUCUGAUGUGACGUUUCCCUACUGGCAGCCUAAGGUCAGAAUUUGCACUGAACACUUUGGUUUAAGACAUGAUAUCUGGAAAACUAAUGGCAGGAUUUCCAUUGGACUUUAGUGAAUAUUCAUGUUUCCCAGAGGAGGAAUUCAAAUGUUUAUUUAAAAAAAUUCAAAAUAAAAAAACUUCCUGGUAUUUGAGUUAGCGCCACCUUCAGCUUUCCCAAUCCUGUUAGCUUACAGGUUGGGGCUUUCCAUAGAAGUGGAGAAGAAGAACAUAUGUGUUCUGUUUUCAUUUGCCAAGUUGCACAAGGAAAAUUUGUGAGCCUUUAUCUAACAUUAGCAACACAUUAUGAGCUUUUGAUAAUGUAGUCAAGCCGAAGGCUCAUGUUAUCAUGUAGAGAGGUGUACAUAACAUACAUUCUGAAACAUCGACUUGCAGGUGACCCUUUACGGUUCACUUUUUUUUCUUCAGAAUCUUUUUCCAGUUAGAAAGGGUAUGGCUGCUCCAGUUCCAGUCCUUGGCAUUGUGUAAAGUAGUUUUACAGUGUUUGAGCAAGGUCAAAGGUGAACACAAGUACUUGAGCUACAGGCAAGCGGCUUAGGGGUUAAGGGAGCUAAACGCAGAGACUCUUGAAUAUGAGCUUCAGUGACCUUUUUGGUAGCAGUGCCCUCAGAACAAAUGUUACAUUUUCUGCUCCACAUUACACAAAUCUCUAUGAAUGGGAACGUUAUUAUUGUUGUUUUUUGUAUUGUUGUUGGUUUUCUCUUUCUUUCUUUCUUUCUUUCUUUCUUUCUUUCUUUCUUUCUUUGGUCUUUAAGAUUGUAGGUUUUAUAAACAUACAGCACCAUGGAGCCACUGGCAGGGUUUUGGACUUUGAAGCUUUUUUGAAUUAUUUAAAAUUAUGUCACUUUAAUAUUUUCAAUUCUAAUUAUUCUCAUAGCCUAACAAUGAUUUCACUUGAACUAUUGUAUACAUCCCAAAAGCCUCAACAGGAUAGAGCAGUGUAUCAAAAAUAGAUGGAUGUAAAUUUUGUUGUCGUGUUAUAAUGGGUUAAAGGUACUUUUUCACAUGCACUCAGUAUUGCAUUUGAAAAAUUUAUAGUGUUUGCGUAUAGUUUUACCCAUAAGGUUGUGCAUUAUGUCCAUAAAUAUGGUUAAUGCAUUAGUUAAAUUCAGAAUUCAGUAAAAUAAUCCUCACACUCUCACAGUAUGCUCCCAGACACAGUGGCGACAUGUGGCUUUGGCUUCAUGGCAUUCCAAUUACUCCCUUUGUAGACACAUAAUGCACCACAUGAAAAACAGAAUUGUAACAGUGUAAAAAAACACGAGUAUGCUCACAACAUUGAUAACACAGACAAAUGGUGUUUUAAGAGCUUUAGCUGCUUUCUGUCUGUGACUUUUUUUUCUGUUUGUGGUCCCAUAUUUGCUGUAUGAAUAGAUAUUCAUCACUUGGUGGCUCCACAGAUCUUCCAUAAAUGAAUAAGUAUCGUAUUGUCACAGAGUUGCUGUUUCGUUCUUUUUUACCAGUCAUUACUGUUUAGAUACUUUUGGUGGACAUGCAUGAAAUUGAAAACCAGAGCUUAGAGCUGUGCAAAGUCUCCAUGGCAAGCCAGGAGUCAGAUUUGAUCUUACUAUGUGUUGAGCCGAAAAUCACAUGAGGCAAACAAUAGACCUGAGACCAAGAUUCUACAUGUAUGUAAACACAGCCAUAGCUUGCCAGGUGAUUUCAACUAGAGAUAUGGGGCCUAAUAUGGCAACAUGUCAAUAUUAAAGUCUGAUCUAAAAAAAAA